AUGGACGAAACAACAUGGUCCCAAAAACUCCACGCCCUAACACACAUCCUAACAAACCCCACAACCACGCCAUCUCUCCACUCUCAAUUCUUCAUCGCCACCCAAAUCCCAUGCUACCUCAACUGGGACUACCCACCAUUCCUCUGCUCAAAUCCAUCUCUUCUCCACAAAUGGAAACUCUUAUACUUCCUCAAAAGGGUCACCCCAAUGGGUGCUCCUAAAACUUCUUGGAGGUCAAAGUGUCCGUUCCAGCAACCUCCGCCAUUGAUUCUUGCUAAAGGAGUUGAGGAAGCACAAUGGGGAAACGAAGAGAGGAAGGGUUACGUUAGGAAGAGGUUUUCUAGGAAACAUUUUGGUAGAGAUCUUAAUCCUCUUUUUGCUAUUUUGUUUCCUAAUGUUUUGUUGUUGUCGCUUAUGAUAUGGAGUCCGUUUAGUUUUCUUGAUUGA